AUGGCUGCAAGAGUUUUGAUGAUUAUGUUGCUGAGUUUGACAGCAGCAUUUGCAGAACCAUUAAGCAGAAGAAGGGCAAUGCAAGUGAUACAGGAAGUGAAGCAGAAAGGGCCAUAUUUUGGUAUCAUCGCUGCCUACCCACCUGAGGAGAUUGCAUUUUUUGCUUCCAAGGCAUUUGAACCCGAUCCAAAUCACCCUUUUGUGGAACUCUCAGCUGAACGCAGCAGUGGCACAACACAAAUGAUUGAUGUGUUAGACGUAGUUUGGGAUACUGCAUUUUGGAAUGCUGGAAGUGCGAAUGACUCCAUUUCCUUUGGGGAUGUCACCAUUCCCAAACAGUUUGUUCAUACUGGCCUAUGGGACUGGCUG